AUGACUCAAGUCCAAUACUUCAACUACCCUGGCACCGAAAGCAUUGCGGAAAACUACCACUACUCGCAAGCCGUAAGGAUUGGCAACACCGUCAAAACAGCAGGGCAAGGGGGAUGGGACGAAAACGGAAGUAUCACACCGAAGUUGGAGGAUCAAAUUGCACUAGCAUUUGGCAAUGUGGAGAAGGCUCUCAAAGCUGUCGACAAGAGCCUGUCUCUAGAAAACAUCUACGCUAUCCGGUCAUAUCACUUGGACAUGGACCAGAGUUUCGAUGUAAUGACGGCGCAAUUCAAGAAACUGUUUCCUAAUCAUCGCCCGAUAUGGACUUGCAUUCAGAUUGGGAAGCUGGGGUUGGAGGGGAUGCAGGUUGAGAUAGAGGUUGAAGCAGCUAUUCCUUAG